GGAGCCGCACGUCCGCUCUCCGCGGGCCGGGCCGGUCACUUUCCCGCCGACGCCUCGGUACGGAGUUUCCGCGCGGGCGUGGACAGGGACCCGUGCUUUCCCGCGCGGCCAGGACUCCCCAGCGUGCGGGCGGCAGGGACGCCGAGGUUUGGCCUGCCGGCGCAAGGCGGAUCCGAGAGAGUGGCCCAUUUGAGCCGGGCCAAGGUGGGAUCCCCUCCUCCUGCUCCGAAAGCGCGAGGGGAGCGCGCCGGCCCGCGGGUACAUGCAAUCCUCGAGCGGGGAUCCGAAUCGCUCCGCGCUGCCGCGAUCUGAACGCGCAGCGCUGCGGGAGGGGACGCAGAGCCCUGGGCUCUGCUCCCGCAGCUUCACUUCUCCGGCAGUUGGGGAGAGAGGGUUGGGGCGGGGCGGAGGGCUUGUAAGGGUUUCUCCCAGAAAAACUUUUUUCCCCCGCUGAGCCUGAAGAGCUGCUGAAGAUGAAGAGCGGAGCGGGGCUCAGGCUGAGCUGCCUUAUCCCGUGGGUCUGAGCGCCCACCCCCGCCGCCGCCGGGACUGCGGCCCCCUGGGCUUCGGCAAUGAGCGCUCGGUGACUGCGACUCGUGGACCCGGGACUUCGGGAGGCAAUGCUGGUUCGGCUUUGAGUGCCUUGGGGACAGCGAAUAAACCCUAAAAUGGAGGACUUUUCUACCAGGACCUACGGCACCAGUGGCCUGGACAACAGACCUCUGUUCGGAGAGACGUCGGCCAAGGAUCGAAUCAUCAAUUUAGUUGUCGGCAGCUUAACAUCCUUAUUGAUUCUAGUAACGCUGAUCAGUGCUUUUGUUUUCCCUCAACUACCUCCAAAACCACUGAAUAUAUUUUUUGCGGUCUGCAUCUCUUUGAGUAGUAUUACUGCCUGCAUACUUAUUUACUGGUAUCGACAAGGAGACUUAGAACCGAAAUUUAGAAACCUAAUUUACUAUAUCUUAUUUUCUAUCAUCAUGUUAUGUAUAUGUGCAAAUUUGUAUUUCCAUGAUGUGGGAAAGUGAGGCUGCCAAGGAGAAAUACUUACCAGGUCUCUUCAGAGCUCUAUAUUUGGACUUGACUAAGAGCUGGAUAAGGUAUGCUGAAGAAUCUCUUGCAGAAGCCUGACACAUGAUUUUCAUGUUAACUGUAAAUCUAAAUCCCCUCUUGCAGGGGAAACAUAUCCUAGAUCAACUUGCUUUUUCUUUAAGGAGCUGGUGUUGCAUUUAAACAUUCCCCCUUAAAGCUCGAACGGCACAAGUCAUUUUCACUUUUGAAAUUAAAACUUUUUAUAAUGUAAUUGCAUGGCGAAAGGCUAUGUAACAAACAAUCUUGCAUUUUAAGACAAAUAUUAUUUUAUUUCUGUUAAAUUGAAUAUACAAUUAUUGUUCCCUAGGCAACCACUUUUGCUUAUAACUACAAUUUAAUUUCACAUUAACAAAACACAGACGGUGAAAAGACAACUUUGAUUGUGUAGAUCUAAUUACAAUAAUAAAUAAAAUAAUUUAUACAAGUU